AUGGCAGUCGAGAGUAAGAUCCAGCACCUGCAGGCAAAAGGACCAUUGAGCCACUACCGCUUCUACACCGCUCUGCGCCCCUCGCUUCUCUGCGAGCAAAGGAAGGAGCGCAGCGUCGCGGCCUUCUUGCGGCUGUUCCAUUUCGACAGCUGGGAGGAGGCCCUGCGGGACAGCAGCGGCAUGAAUGCCGUGAUGUGUGCCGUCUUUUCUGGUGACAAGGCUAUGCUGCGGAAGUUAGCCGAGGGGCAGGCAGACAUGAACGUUGGGCUCCAAGGCUUGGGGGAUUUGGGGUACUACGACACGCAGACGACGCUGAUGGUGGCAACGAAGUCGCGACAAGAUGCCUCUCUUCUGCAAGCGCUGCUGGAGCUCCGUGCGAAUGUGAACGGCACUUCAAGGGCUGGAAUUACGGCCCUUUAUCUGAGCCGGAGCCCGGAGCAUGUGAAAGUGCUCUUGGAGUACCGGGCAGACAUGCCUCAUUACGUUUUGCGUGGUGCUGCCUCCUAUGCCAGUCCCCAGACGGUGCAGGCGCUCUUGACGGCCCGCUGUGAUGCCACCUGGUUAGAUGACGACACGGGGGCCAGUCCGCUCAACGGCUUGGCGCUCUUUGGCCGCAGCAACGCACAGGCCGUUGAGACCGCCAAGCUCUUGUUGGAUCAUCGUGCCAACGUCAACGCCUGCGCCAGGCCUAUGAACAGCCAGGCAUGGGUGCACCGACUCGCUCGGGCUCAAGUGGCCGUCUUCGGAUGGUCCAACUGCAAGAAGAUGCCCCGGCUACUGGCCUCACUUCCUGGGAUCGCUCCGCUGGGCUGUGCCGCCAUGGUCGGCCAUGAGCAGCUCGCGAG